AUGAAGCGGGAGAAAUUAGACAAAUGCUUUGGGAAAUUCUUGCAGAUGCUGAAACAGUUGUAUGUGAAUAUCCCGUUCACGGAGGUGCUCAAACAGAUGCCAGCCUAUGCAAAAUUCCUGAAGGAAAUCCUCUCAAGCAAAAAGAAACUCAAAGGAAUGAAAGUUGUCAAAGUCAAUGCCCAUUGCAGUGCCAUUCUACAGAACAAAAUUCCCAAGAAGUGUAGGGAACCUGGCUGUGCAUCCAUUAACUUGAUGCCAUUAUCGGUGUUCAAGAAAUUGGAAGGAGAGCUAAGAGUGAUCAAAUCUGUACCAGUAUUCUUGCAACUUGCUGAUCAAACCAUGAUCAUACCGGAGGGCAUAAUUAAGGACAUCUUGGUAAGGGUAGACAAAUUUGUUUUCCCAGUAGACUUCAUCGUGGUAGAUAUGGAAGAGAAUAAGGAAGUGCCUCUAAUCAUGGGGAGACCAUUCCUUUGCACUGGCCGGGCUAUUCUUGAUAUAUAUGAAGGGAAACUCAUGCUACUAAUGGGAAACAAAAAAGUGGUGUUUCAAAUGAAGAGAAUGAUGAAAUACCCAUAUGAUGAGGCAUCUACCUAUGCUUGUCUCAAAAUAGAUGUGGUGGGAGAGUUAGCUGAACAACACAAACCGGAUAAGCUGGUAGGUGACUCACUAAAGAGAUGCAUUAGUCAAUCAAGCACAACAGAAGAUGAGGAUCCUGAGAUCAAGAUGGAAGUUGAGGCGCUGGAAUAUGAGAACCAGGUGGUAGAUGAAGAAGAAUUCGAGAAAGAAAAGAGCAAGCCAAAGCUGGAAUUGAAAGAACACAUGCUUGUGGAGUUACUACGGAAGCAUAAAAAGACAAUCAGUUGGAGUAUAGCCGAUAUUCAGGGGAUCAGCCCUGCAAUAUGUAUACACAAGAUCUUGUUAGAAGAAGGGAGUAAACCAGUGGUGCAGCCCCAACGCAAAUUGAACAAAAAUCUUCAGGAGGUGGUUCAAAAAUAG